AUGCUUCCACAACCUAUAAAUAUUAACAAAUGGAUUGAAGAGAACGGACACUUAUUAAAACCACCAGUCAACAAUUUCUGUUUACAUCGUGGUGGUUUCACUAUAAUGAUUGUUGGUGGACCAAAUGAACGAAGUGAUUAUCAUAUAAAUCAAACACCAGAAUAUUUUCAUCAACUUAAAGGUACAUUAUGUUUAAAAGUUGUUGAUGAGGGUAAAUUUCGAGAUAUUUUAAUAAAUGAAGGUGAUUCAUUUUUAUUACCACCAAAUACACCCCAUAAUCCAUGUAGAUAUGCUGAUACUAUUGGUUUAGUUGUUGAACAAGAUAGACCUCAAGGUAUGAAUGAUAAAGUUAGAUGGUAUUGUAAACAAUGUGAAUCAAUAUUAUAUGAAAAAGAAUUUUAUUUAACAGAUUUAGGUACUCAAAUUAAACAAGCAAUAAUUGAAUUUGAUCAAGAUUUAGAUGCAAGAACUUGUUCUAAAUGUAAGUUUAUAAAUAAUUCUAAAUAG